AUGGCUUCGAAAGGAGAGACCGACAGUUUGAGCGAGGAAGUAAUUUGUCCCGUCUGUCUGGAUUUCUUCACCGAUCCGGUGUCACUGGAGUGCGGACACAACUUCUGUCGCUCUUGUAUCACACGGUAUUGGGAAAGGGAGCAGAGAAACUCCUGCCCGGAAUGUAGAGAGGAGUUUGCUGACCGCACCCUCAGGGCCAGUCGGGCCUUAGCAAAUCUGGCUGAAAAAUUUCGAAAUCUAAACCUGAAUCCGAAAGGGAAGGAAAGUAAACGUCACUGCGAGGAACAUGAGGAAGAAUUGAAGCUGUUUUGCGAAACGGACAAGACACCGAUCUGUGUGAUCUGUGCAGUGGCGGAGGAACACAGAGAGCACCGCUUCAGGCCGAUUAAAGAAGCUGUUAAAAACUAUAUGGUAAAAACUAACGAUCAGAUAAAAUCUUCCUUAGACUCUCUCACAAAAAAGAAAUCAGACUUCCAGGAAAAGGAGCAGCAACAGAAAGAGAAGAUUUCCGGAGUUCAGGAACAGUCACACAGCCUUCAGUCUCACGUCACAUCCCAGUUUGCUGAACUGCGCCAGAUUAUCACUGAGAAAGAGCAGAGCUUACUCAGGGAUCUCAGGGAAGAAGAGAAGAGGAUUCUCAACCAAAUGGAGAAAAAUCUUCGGGAGAUUCAGGAGAAUAUAAGGAUUAUUCAGGAGGAAAUCACUAAGUUAAAGGAACAGAUGGAUCAGAAAGAUGUCUCUGUCACCCUGGAUGUGGAAACGGCGUAUCCGUGUCUCGAGGUGUCUGAGGAUCGGAAGAGUGUGAGAUGGACCGGGACCCGGAGGAAUCUCCCUGACACCGGGAAGAGAUUCACAUACUGGGCUUGUGUGCUGGGAUCGGAGGGAUUCACAUCGGGGAGACAUUACUGGGAGGUGGAGGUGACGGGGAUUCGGGUCUGGUUUCUGGGAUUCGCCGCAGAGUCUGUGGAGAGGAAGAGAGGGGUCAGACUGAGUCCGGAGUCCGGAUUCUGGGUCAUCGGGCGGUGUUGUGACGUAUUACAUCGGGAUUAUGACGUGUUCGGUCUCCCCUCCCCCGAGUCCCGUCUCGCUGCCGGUCCCAUCCCCGGGAGGGUGGGAGUUUAUCUCAGUUACGAGUCCGGGACAGUUUCAUUUUACAACGCGGAGACCAAGUCCCAUCUCCACACCUUCACUGGGAAUAAAUUCACGGGGAAACUUUAUCCUUUCUUCGAGACCUGGGAUGUUGAUUCUGACCUGGCUCUCAAGGAACUGUACGAAACCCUCAACACGCUGAAGACUGCCCACCCAGAGGCUGCCUUCAUUGUCGCCGUGACUUUAAUCCAGCAUCGCUGA